GGAUUUAAUCCCCUCCUAGCUUAUUCAUUCUUCCCAUAAUUUCCCCUCCCCAAAACCAAUCAAAUACACACCUAACUCUGUCUCUUUUCUCUUAAAUCCAUCCUAGUUACAUGUUUGUUUUCUUGACCAUUUUGACGAGUGAAUUGAAGUUGGAGAGCAUUUUAUAGUCGUUUUUGGUCUGUCUCUGCAUGAAACAGAGUUUUUCCUGGUACUGUUGCAAUGAAGUAUAUCAGAACAAACAGUCUGAAACGCCUCUUUUCACUGAAAAGACGCAGUUUUGAGGAAGAUAUUGGAACCCCACAUGGGUUUGGUGAAGAAAGUUACGAUUUUGAGCUGGUUCCAGUGCAUAUCCAGAGACCCACUUGGAGAUGCUUCUCCUUUGAAGAAAUCUCGGAUGCCACCAAUGCUUUUAGCUCUGAGAAUUUGGUGGGAAAAGGAGGCUAUGCAGAGGUGUAUAAAGGAGUUCUAAAGGAUGGGGUGGAGAUUGCAGUGAAGAGAUUAGCAAAAGCUUCCACCAAUGAAAGGAAAGAGAAGGAAUUUUUGACAGAGAUUGGAACAAUUUGUCAUGUGUGCCACCCAAAUGUGUUGCCACUUUUAGGCUGUUGUAUUGACAAUGGCCUUUAUCUCAUCUUUCAGUUCUCUUCAAGAGGCUCUGUUGCUUCCGUUCUUCAUGAUGCAAAUUUGCCACCAGUGGAUUGGAAAACAAGGUACAAGAUUGCAAUUGGAACAGCUAGAGGCCUCCAUUACUUGCAUAAAGGCUGUCAAAGAAGGAUAAUUCACCGAGACAUCAAGUCUUCAAAUGUUCUAUUAACUGCAGAUUUUGAGCCACAGAUAGCAGAUUUUGGACUAGCAAAAUGGCUUCCUUCUCAGUGGACACACCACUCUAUUGCCCCAAUUGAAGGGACAUUUGGGCACUUAGCGCCAGAGUACUUUAUGCAUGGAAUUGUGGAUGAGAAGACUGAUGUCUUUGCAUUUGGAGUCUUUUUGCUGGAGAUUAUUUCAGGCAGGAAACCAGUUGAUAGUUCUCACCAAAGCUUACACAACUGGGCCAAACCACUUUUGAACCAUGGGGAGAACGAAAAAUUAGUGGAUCCUAGACUCCGGGGAAACUACGAUGCUUUGCAACUGAAUAGACUUGCCUUUGCAGCAUCUCUCUGCAUUCGGUCAUCUUCAUCCCGGCGUCCAACCAUGAGUGAGGUAUUGGAGGCAAUGCUGGAAGGAGAGACAGAUAAGGAGAGGUGGAAGAUGCCAGAAGAAGAAGAUCGGGAAUUAUUCUUGGGCUUCGAGGAUCUUGAACACGGAUGUGACAGUCCUUUCUCAGUUUCCCCACAAGAUUCAAUCUCCACUGGAAGUUCUUAGAACUUUGUACCUGAUCAUCAUCAACAUGUAAAUUAAUAUGAACCUGUCAUCAGUAUAAACAUGUAUACAUAUAUAGAAAGUAUUGCAGCAAAACUGCUCCCUUGGUAAUCAAUCUCCAUAUGAGAAGUUUUGUGUUAGGUGCACUAAAUUUGUUACACCUUGCUUUUUUAGGGGAAAAUGCCUAUUUGGUUGUGGAAACCAGAGAGGCCAGUUUCAUUCUCAAAGUUGUUAAAGUUUCCUAUUAAUUCAAAGUGAUUGAUGCUUCCUCUAAAUUAACCAGCCCUAAGAUG